CUUUUUUUUUUCUUUUUUCUUUUCCGUCUUGCUUUCCCCUAUUCUUUUUACUUUUUUUUUAUUUUUUAUUUUCUUGGGACUUGACCUAGGUUUUUGUGUCCUCCACCGACAGCCAUUCUGAUUGGUACUUCUUGGUGGACGGCUCGAAAAGGAUUAGGAGAUGAGCUGGAAGACUUGAGCAAUACAUUUACUGUGGACGACGGCAUGGGACUCGCGCCACCUAAACUGACCGUAUGCAUCUCUGGCGAAUCAUCAAGCCAGGCGGGUCAGAUCGAGUGGUACACUGUAUCUGGUGCGACGGUGGGUCAAACCGGUCAUACUAAGACUCCGCAACAGCAGCAACAACAACAUCAGCAUCAAGCUGAAUCUCAUCAUCCAAGCCGUUUCCGUAGCUCGGAAUCUCGAAACAAUAGCGUCGAUUGGUAUCACAACCAUCAACAAGAAACCUUGGCUGCGGGAAAAUGUGUUUCCAAGCACUUGUAUAUCAACGAUGCCGACGAGAAACGUAAACGCGUCGAAUGUUUGGUGAGAAUUCAACUAGCCAAUGGGUUAACGCUAGGCACCCUGGCAAGCAAGGGAAUCAAGGUGAUCAGCAAGCCCAGCAAGAAACGACAAAGUGUCAAGAACAUGGAGUUAUGUAUCCAUCAUGGCACGACGGUUUCCUUAUUCAAUCGCAUUCGAUCACAAACGGUGUCGACCAAGUACUUGGGUGUAUCGAGUAACAAGAAUUCGCCGUUCUCAUUUCCUGGGCAUCCAGGCAAACCAUUGACGCGUGAUACAAGCGGAGGUGACGGGACCUGCUUCGUUGCACGUACCGCAAGUUGGGAUCCUUUUGUCGUUUGGGUCGUCGACAUCACGAGAACACCAGGUGACGGUCAAGAGAGUGAUGUCCCCGAAGAUUACAUCGGCCACAACACUCCGUAUACCCGCACUGUACCCUACCCACCGCCACCGGCCAUUGCUUUGAAAAAUACCACCAAUCAACUGAUCCCUAUCCAUUACAAUCAACAUAUUGUGCUGCAGUGUCUGACCACUGGCUUAGUCAGCCCCGUGAUGAUUAUUCGAAAGGUCGACAAGGCAUCAACUGUGGUGGGUGGAGCGCGCAAUCUGGAUGAUCCACCGUUAACGGGCGGUGGAGGCGAGUAUGGCGACGAAGUGCUCGGCGAUCCUGUGUCACAGUUGCAUAAAAUUGCGCUUCAGAUUGUUCAAGACCCGGCUCAAGCUGCAAGCACCAUGGCAAGCAUGGAUACCGAACCCGACAAUCCCCCAUUCAACAUGAUGCCGCGAUCCACGCAGCCUGUCACCUAUCUGGCCUGUUUGAACGAUAUGGUGGGAAUGCAUCGCACCGCUGAAGCACGUCAACCCAUCCAGCCCCAUCGACCUCAAACCCCCACGAACGGUUGUCCUCCCUCAUACGCCAUGUCAGCGUGGGAAGAUUAUAUGUCUUCUGCAGGUACAAUGAUGGAUACUUCAGGUAUGGUUUCUGCUGGAGGAGGCAAGGUCGUCCGCAAACGUCGCGUGUCAACCGAUAUAUUGGAGGCACGUCCUCAUCGAAACAACUCGCCUUUACUUCGCCCGGGAAAGCUGGUUUCGUCCAUGUCGCUCAAUAACCUUCAAGAAUUGGGCCAGUUCUCCCAAGCAAAUUGGAUGGCCGAUCCUAUCCGACGACGCGUCAACAGUCUUACCGAAGCAUACGAUCCGCUGUAUGGACCCACCUCGGGUUCCAACGCCUCCAUGGGAUUCAAUCGGGGUCGGUCCGAUUCUAUUUCGAUGGCUGAACGCAAGAUGAGCCUCAGUGCCAGUAGCAGCACGAGUACUUCGAGCAGUCGUCGUAUGUCAGUGUCCAGUGUAGGCGGCGGCAGUAGCAGCAACAGUGGUUUAGGCGCUUACUGGAACGAAGAUGUUUCGGAUGCAGCGGUGUGGACGAUUGUAGGCACAGAUUGUGCCACUUUUACCUUUUGGACUCCUCCCGGAGCUGACGAAGUAUCGUUGAACAAUGGAUAUGCUCCCAUGUCCUCUACAGCGGGUCCUUUGACACCUCCUAUUUCUGGCUCCUCGAGCAGCGCGCCUGCACCGUUCCCCAUUGUAUUGCACUAUACAAUGACUUCCAAUAGCUACAAAUCCAUGAACAACCAAAACUUUUACACUUACAACGAAACGAGCGGCACCACCGCGCGAACAGAUCUGUUGAGCUUGCAUGGUGAAAAUUUCACACGUGAUCUUCAAGUGUGGUUUGGCGAUAUCAAAUCCCCCCAAACCGAGUAUCGCAGUCGAGAGCUCUUCAUUUGCCGUGUUCCAUCACAUCAAGACCUGUAUCAGUGCGCCGGUUUGGAGCAAGAACGUGAUGGCAAAUAUAAAGUGCCAAUUUUGCUGGUCAGAGGAGAUGGCAUUGUGUACAAAACCAACAAAUACCUGUACUUGUAAUUGUAACCUUUUUCCUUAUUAUGUGAUACCUACCCUUUCGUUGCCUGAACCUUUGACUUCCUUCAUCCCUUCCCUCUCCUCCGAAUUGUAAUUCUCUAUUGUACAGUAUGUAAAAAACAAAAAGUUCUAUGCCCUUAUAUGAUUUCAAGCUACCCUAUCCCCAUGCCAAUUAUAUUCUUUAUUUUUCUUUGUCUUUUUACCUUUAUUUUUUAUUUUAUACGCAAACAAAAAUUCUACACUAAUAAAUAUUAGGUCAAGUUGCUCUUGUAACAUGACAUUUUGUUCAGGAU